GGACUCUGUGGACUUUGAUGGCAAAUAUCGAGAGAAAUAGACAUAUCAAUAAACAGCAAACAAAGAAAAACUGUAACUGAUUCAAGCUAAAGUCAUUAAACCAUUUGGCGACCCUUGGCAGUUUUACUGACAAGGAAAACUCAUAUACACAUUUUCAUAAUAAAAGCUUUCAAAAAUGGUCGAGCUGCUUAAAUACAUUUGGCCUUUUGAGAUUCUCGAACUAGUUUUCGGUCCUGAUGUUACAAACUUUCUUGGAAUCCUAAACUACAUUGCCCAUUUCAUUCUGUUCCCAUUUAUGGGCGCCGCAAUUCUCAUUUAUGCCCUGUUUUCCCAAUACUGGAUUUUUGCUCUUGGUUAUCUGGCAUGGUAUGUGUACGAUGCCAAAACUCCCCAACAAGGUGGUCGUUUGAUUGAGUGGUCUCACUCAUGGAAAGCAUGGAAGAGUAUCAGAAACUACUUUCCCAUAACACUGCACAAGGACGGAGAGCUGGACCCGAAGAAUAACUACUUACUAGGGUAUCAUCCACAUGGUAUAACUGUGUACGGGGCAUUUGCCAACUUCGGCGCCUGCUGCACCGGGUUUGAGGAGCUGUUUCCGGGAGUGAAGUGCCGACUGAUGACGAUAGAAGUCUACUACAAAUUUCCCUUCUUCAGAGAAUACCUGUUGUUCUCAGGGGCAUGCAAUGUGCACCGUGACAGCUACCGAGCCCUGUUGGGUGGGGAGAAGAAGGGAGUGGCGGCGUGUGUGGUGCCUGGAGGGGCAGAGGAGUCCCUGGAGAGUGUGCCUGAGAAGAUGGUGCUCAUUCUCAACAGCAGGAGGGGAUUCGUUAAGAUGGCCAUUCGCACUGGAGCACACCUGGUGCCAGUGUUGUCAUUUGGGGAAAACGAAGUGUACAUGCAAGUGCCCAACCCCAGAGGCAGUCUAUUGAGGAAACUGCAGACCAACAUGAUGCACUUGAUCUCCUUCGCCCCUCCCAUAUUCUACGGGUGGAAAGGGACUAUCGUCCCAUUCAAGAAACCCAUCAAUACUGUGGUUGGCACUCCGAUCCCUGUGAACAAAGUGGAGGAGCCCUCGUGGUCGGAAGUGUGCGAACUACACGAGAAGUACAAACAGUCCUUGAGAGAUCUGUUCGAAAAGUACAAAGGACAAUUUGGAUACUCGGAAGACUACAAAUUGGAAAUUAUCUGAACAAACUCAUGUAAAAAAAACUAAACUAAACAUACAAGUCAUCUUGCCUAUAUUUCAUAUAAGUAGCAAAUUUAGGGGAGGGAAGCGGACCCCCAGAAGUAUUCGAUCACAUUUUCACCCAAACGAUCCCCUUUGGUACUAUUAUUCAACAUCCACUUUUGGUCAAUUAACUCAAAAUUUUUUCUUAGAGAAAUUUCAGUGCCACUAUAUGCUAAUUUUGAGGGAAAGAUGCGCACCAGGAAACGCAAGAUUUUGGUCCAAACUCUUAAGAAACUGCCCAAAAAAUAGCGGUUUUGGCCUGUUCUUUGAAAAGUUUGUCAGCGGUGCAAAAAAAGGUAUUUAUAAGGUUAUGGGAGAGCAAUUUUUGUCAACCUAAUAGAAAACGUUCAACUCCUCAACGUUUCAGAUCUUUUCGAAUCCCUUUUUCCUCAUCAUUCUUCUUCGUUAAGAACUGUUCUUUGCUAUAACCUCGCUAUCCUCAAUCGCAAUUUCAAUUUUUACAUAGCAUUAUAUAGAUUGAACUAUUCAAAACAAUGGAGUAAACGAAAAAUAAUCAUUUUUAUAAUUUCAUUUUUUUGCUGCAAA